CGCUAUUGCAGCGCCAGCGAUCAGGGUUCGAUUCCCGUCGCUGUCUGUAAGGAGUUUGUAUGUUCUCCCCGUGUCUGCGUGGGUUUCUUUUGGGUGCUCCGGUUUCCUCCCACAUUGCAAAGGUGUACGGUCGGACCUUGCAGUGACGGCGAUGCUGAUUGGUGGGUUUCUGGGCACAUCACCGACCUGGCAACGGGCGCGUCAAGGCAACAGGGGAGGUAGCGGGGUGAGUGGCCGCGGCCCGGGCCGACAUGUCGCUGCGAACGCUGCCCCUGCUCUUCAUUAACCUGGGCGGAGAGAUGCUCUACAUCCUGGACCAGCGGCUCCGGGCCCAGAACAUCCCGAACGACAAGGCCAAGAAAGUAAUGAAUGACAUUGUUAGUACAAUGUUUAAUAAGAAAUUCAUGGAGGAGCUGUUCAAACCUCAGGAGCUGUAUUCUAAGAAAGCCCUCAGAACCGUGUUUGAUCGACUGGCUCAUGCCUCCAUCAUGAGAUUGAAUCAGGCUAGCAUGGAUAAGCUCUAUGACUUGAUGACGAUGGCGUUCAAGUACCAAGUACUCCUCUGUCCAAGGCCAAAAGACCUCUUAUUGGUCACAUUCAAUCAUAUGGAUGCAGUCAAGGAAUUUGUGCGUGAUUCUCCAAGCAUUUUAAACCAAGUAGAUGAGACGUUCCGACAACUGAUCGAGUCGUACAGCUGCCUACCUUUUGGGGAGUUUCAGCUCAUCAGGCAAACCCUGCUCAUCUUCUUUCAGGACUUGCAUAUCAGGGUCUCCAUCUUUCUGAAGGAUAAAGUUCAGAAUUCUAAUGGCCGAUUUGUGCUGCCGGUUUCUGGGCCUGUACCCUGGGGAACAGAGGUUCCUGGGCUGAUAAGAAUGCUUAACCAUAAUGGAGAAGAGGUGAAGCAAAUAGAGUUCCCAACCAUUGGUAAUUAUACCAGUGCAUUGGCAGAAGGAUCCCUAAACCUCUUUGGUGACCGAAUCAUUAAGCUUGGCACCAAUAUGUACAGUGUUUCUCGGCCUGUGGAGACCCACAUGAUGGGGACAAUGAAGAGCUCGGCUGUCCGGGCAAAGGAGAAUGCUGCACCUAAUCCCCUGGCAAAGGAGGAGCUAAAUCUUCUCGCACGGCUAAUGGGAGGUCUUGAUGUCAAGAAACCUGUGGGCAAUGAGUCAGGAUUUCGCCUAAAUCUGUUUGGCACAGAUGAGGAGGAAGACCAUGCAGCAACAAUAAGCCCUCCAGAACUUUCUGAAGUUGUCAACAUACAGGCCAUCAAGGACCGGCAGCAGCAUGAAGAGUUGCUUCGAAUUAUGGGGGAGUUCUGUGAACAGGAGCAGCAGCCCAGGCAUAGCUGCAGCAAAGGAGAUGACCUCCUGGCCAUGAUGGACAACCUGUGACCUUCCAGUGAGCAGCUGUGACAUCGCAGGCUCUUGCCUUUGACUUUUCUUUGGCAUAACAUCCAGCAAUGGUUCAUUGGCUUUCAAAACAUGGAGCGUUACUUUUAUUAACAGCUCACUUGAUUUCUGUACCAAGAGCUGAACUCCUGUUCUGCACAGUUUUGUGCACCUUUUGGACAGUUUCAUCCAGUUAAGUUCACUGUGUAUAUAGUAAAUAUUAAAUGAGCCUGACUGUAAUCAUACUCACCAAUGUCUUUGACCCUCAGAACCUGGACGGAGGAUGGUAAAGCAAUGGGGAAGGUUCACAAAAUGAAGUGGCAAGAUGGAGAGAAAUAACUUGACUUUAUUUUGAAUUUCUGGAGAGACAUCUGUGUUUAUUGUAGAGUCCACAGCAGCGAAAUUCAAAUUGUACUCACUCAUAACUGAUCCUGUGGUGGAUUAAUUUUCCAUUUUGGGGGAAUGGCUGGAGCAGCAUAAAAAGUUAUGGAUGGUUGGCCAGUAUGCCCUGCCACUGAAACCAGUGUUGAUAGUAAUGCAAUCAGAUUGGCAUCAGGGUGUGUGUGGUACUAGGGUCACAGUAUUUCAUGCAAUAGAAUAAUACACUGAAAUUGUUGUUUCUGACUUUGGGGUCUUUGUAAGCAGAGAGAUCACUGGGUCAUACUAUGAAAACAUACAAGUGGUUGUAUGAAAAUACUAGCAGUUUCCGUGAACAGCUCAGAUUUGUACAUGCAAAACUUUGAUUCUAUUCUAAAUGUUAGAAGGCAGAGGAUUUCUGGUCUCUGCAUCUGUAAUUUCUGAAGCCAAACUAUUUUAAAAUGUACCAUUAAAUGUUUUUAAAAUUGCUUUAAACAGUGACAACUUUAUUAAAUAAUUACAUUCAAACUG